AUGAUGGCCAGCAGAUUGCGGCGCUCAUCGGGGGAGAAAUUACGGCAUGGUUCAGAGGAAAAGCUGCACCUCACGCUGAGGUCGCCCUCACUCCUUGCGAGGAGCAAUGGGCAAGCGGGGUUAAGCAGCCGGUUAGAAGUUGACCCUGACCCGGAUUGGAAUCUUGGGGACUUGAGCGCGGAGCUCGAUAAGAUAGUCUACAAGAAUGGGGCGACUCCGUCGCCUCUGCGAGGGGGGACGGCAAGGGGCGCAGAGGCAAGCGUGAAGAGAUUGUCGUGCAUCGAGUUGUUCGAACCGACCGACUUCGGCCGGACCAAAGCGCCUUUCAUCGUACGAGUACCGGACUUCGACGACGAAGACGACGAGGGGGUGCCAAGUGGCGCACCCGCAAGCAUCGGGGCAAAAGGGGGGAGGACAGAGGAUCUGCGACUACCAGAGAGCGUCCCCCCCGCUGAGGAGGUCGCGGCGGCGUCUGGGCGGUCCUGGGAGGAGAGCCUGCUGCCGCCACCGGACGUGGUAGAAGCGGCGCUGUUCGAGCUGGAAAAGGAGCGCUUGGCGGGGGUCAAGGAGGACAUUCGUGCGCGGUGGCGUGGCUUGGCGCGCCAUGCAGAGGCUCAGGGGCAGCAAGAGGCGGAGGCGCUGGCAGCGCUCGAGCGGGAAAGGGAGAAAGCGCUGCAGCGCGUGCGGGCGCGAGAUGCAGAGGAUCAGCGGGGCAUCGCGGAGGCGCGUGAUGCGCACCUGAGUGCGCUUCAGCGGGACCACGAGCAGCGAGAGGCCGCCAGCCAACGGCGGCUCAAGGACUCAGAGGCUGCGGCAAAGGCGGCUGCUGAGGCGGAGGCGCGGCGCCGUCGAGCGGAGGAAGAAGCCCGACGGGUCGAGGAACGACGUCAGCAAGAGGCGGCUGAAAAAGCGGCGGAAGAAGCGCGCCGGAAAAAGGAGCAGGAGGACGAAGAAGCCCGGCGGAAGCGGCAAGCGGAAGAGGCGGAGGCGGAACGGAGGAGGGCGGAAACGGACGCGGAACGGAAGAGGGCAGAACGGGAAACGGUGGCGAAACGAGGGGAAGAGGAGCGAAAAGCGAAGGAGCAAGCGGAAAAGCAAGCGGCGAAAGCGACGGGGGGGGCGAGGCAGGUUAAGAUGACGGAAAGCGCGGCGAGGGGAGAGAGGGAAAGGAUGGAAGUGCUGCGGAGAGUGAAGGAGAACGUAAAGGCGUUUGAAGAGGCGCCAGGGGCGAAAAAGGAGCGCAAGGGCCUGGAGCGGCGCAUGACGACACUGGUCCAGCAGAUCAGCGCCACUCAGCGGCAAGUUGGUCUGAAGAGCGCCGAGCUUGUGCGAGAAUUGCAACAGGCGCCGCAGCCGCAGCAAAAUUUCCUCCUACUGGCGCUUGCGGACAAGUUUCUGAGCCAGUGCGAGAGCCAGGUCCAGAAGCUGCCGUCGUUCGCUUUCCCGCUCGCCCAGGUCGCCAUCAACGUGGCCGCCGCCGUGCCCCCCUUCCGGGACGUGCUGCUCGCGCGCCUCGCACAGGAGUGCUGCUUCGUCGUACCGAAAUACAUCCCGUACAUUCCGGCACAGUACGAGUCCGAAGCGGCCUACUACCGGACGGUUGGAUACCGAGAAGAGGACGGACAGCUGGAAAGCACCGACGCCUAUAUUGGGCGAAUGACUGGGAUCAUGGUCUUCUAUGCUGCAAUCACGCAGACGGACCCCCCCCGGGGUCAACCGGUUCACGGAUUGGACCAGGCGUGGGCGUGGCUGGCCCGCCUGCUCAACGGGCUGCCCCCCAACCGGGGCUCCGGGAGUGCACUUGAGUCAAUGAUCAAGGUGGCGGGGUUCCGACUAAACCAAACGUAUCCGAAGCAGUUCCGGAAAAUCCUGGAUGUGAUCAUGACAGCGCUUCUCCCCGCCCUGCAAAAGACGGGUGACGCCGACACAGCACCUGUCAUCAACCGGGUUGAGACGUACGUUGGAACGCGCAGCUAUGAAAAGCCUCCAGAAGGGAGGAACAUGCCCGUUACAGACGAGUCGGCGACCUUGGGGGCCGUUGACACGUGGAACGGAGAUAGGAGGGGGUAUGGAUGAGACACGUGCAAUGACCUGGCUGAAUAAACAUCCCACGGCUCAACAAACAAGUUGUUUGAUCUUGUUUCUAAAGCAUAGUCAGCAUGAAGAUGCACUUCUUGGUGCUUCAUUGGGGC